UUUAGUGGGCCUAGCAAGGAUAAGGAUUCUGAAAAAAGUGACAACUUUAGUAAAAGACGAAUAAGACGUCCUGUUGGUCCUAAAUAUGCUGUUAUCCCGACAGAUAGACCUAAGGUUUAUGCACAUGGAUACACAAGGAAUAAAGUGAGGCUGUCCUACCUUCCUCUUAAACAAGUUCAGACUAGGGUUGGAACAAGCGUUUUUUUACAAGGUCUCGGGUCACAGUUUGAUUUUGGAGGUAUGUUAACCCUUGCUGGUUUAUGGUUCUUCUACAGAUUCUUCUUGUUUGAUAACAUUCCAACAACAAUCUUCGUUGAUUUAGUUAAUAGCAUAGGAAGGACAACCCCAGACAAUAGAUUUAUAGAGAAUGUAGCCAAGCUAUUGGAAAACGUACAGAGGUUCCAUUCCAAGGUUUCGAAUGACUUGGCUUAUCAAGAUCAUACAGAUCAUCAAGAUCGUAAUGACCAUCAAGAUCACCAAGAACAACCAGAUUAUCAAGAUCGUCGAGAUCAUACUAAAGAAAGAAAUGAUUGGAACAAAGAACUUGUUGCUUUUGACGGCAAUGAGAUACUUUUACACAAUGCUACAGAGUUAGAUAGUUUGAUUUAAUAUCAAAGUAAAAACCCUGCCAUCGGUGAGAUUUAAAACCACUCUUUGUUUUGAAAAAUAGUUUUAGUUACAGAUAUGAUUCUGGAGUUUCCUUUUUGGGGGCUGUACAUUCUGUUUGUACAAGUUUCCGAUACUGGGUUUUAUAACCAAACACUGUCAUAAGUUUUUGGCUCUGAGUGCCCACUAACAGUGCAAUAAAUGAACGAUCAAGUACAAAUUUAAAAUUACAAAAAAAUCGCCGUUUUUUAGGUAAAAUUCUCUUUAUAAUAAAUAUCCGUUCAUUAAGCCUAUUUUUGUAUUAUAUAGAAAUAUACUUAUAAUUUCAUAAUAGCAAAAUUGAAAUAAUUAAAAAAUAUGAUAUACAAUUUUCUUACGAAUAUUUAUGCUAUUUCAACG